AUGACAGCACAAUGCACACCAAUCACGCAGCAGUGCCUACCGAACGUGCAAUGGCCAACAUUCGCCGACAACGCGGACAACACUGCAUAUUUCAACUGUAGUUCCGGUUUUCAGGGCAACUUCUCAUUUCCCGGCGCUGCACAAUCAGUGGACGCAGACAGCAGUGACAGCUCCGGCGGCGCCGAUGUGAACACAAACUCCCUUAAUCCCACCAUCGGGAUGUCCUUCGCCUCGGACGCCAAUUUGACUCGGCGCAUCGGAGCCUACAACCCUUUACUUUCAAACAUAAGCAUCGACUCGGUGUCUGCCUUGCGAGGCUCAAACUUGAGCUACGAAUACAUCCAACCGCAGAACCCGUCCUACUUCGGCGCCUGGGCAGCCGGCUUCCCAACCUACACGGCCUUCCUCAACAAUCAGACCGCACCAAUGAGUAACGUCCUUCUAAACGACAGCCGAAUUUACCGCUCGCCAAGCACAGGCAACACAUAUUGGGUACUUCCCUGUUCCGCCACUGUGCACGAGUUCAACUACACCAGGGUUAACGGCAGCAUAUCCGACAUCUCGCACCGCCCGGCUUCGCCCGAAAUGGCCGCUCUCUUUGCCGCGCCGUUCGCAGUCGAUGGCAUCGCCGUUGCCCGGCAGCAAUUAGUGCUGAGUGCCAUUGAAGCAAGCACAGCCUAUGGUAUGCAGAGUCUCGCAGAUCGUUUUGCGACAAAUUGGGUGACAGCAGCUCUAGAUUUGUCAACAGCAGUGAUGCAGAAAGACAAUGCUCUUGUAGGGCAAUCACGCACUUUUACAGGACCCGUGGCAAGGGUACCAAUGCUGCCACUUUACCUCCUCCUCACCUUGAAGGCGUUGUACGUGGUAGCAGUCAUUCUAUUAGCAAUGGGCGCAUACUGCUUCACCCAUCCGGCGGAGACGGAGUUGAUCAAAGAGCAACUGAGCGCGAAUGGCCUGGCGGCAGCGCACUUCGAUGACCCUGGGAUUCUGCAGAAGAAUGCAAGCAGCACACUAGAAGAAGUGUUGCUUCCCACACCGACGAUUCCAGACGAGAAGACUGGAGGCGCCACACGGGGCUCGAGCGGAAAGGAGGGCGAGGAACCAGUACCCGGCGUCACGAAGACAGUGACGGGACUAGACGAGAUGACGGAGAAGCGCGUGGGACUCGUAGCACGUGCGGAUGGGGCGUGGCGAUUUGCUGUCAUUGCAAAUGGGAUGUGGAAUGGCAUCAAGCCGAUCGCAGUCGACCUCAUCGGCAUCGAGGCGAAGAAUGGCAACUUGGCCCAAGCCGGAGAUCUGAUUACGGCUUGGAGGAAAUGA